AUGGCUUACACUAUCGCCUUUGCCGGGAUCCAGGUGCUGGCGGCGAUUGCGUUCAUCAUCGUGACGUCCAAGAUCGUCGGCCCGACGCUCUUCUGGUACGACACGCACAUACAGCAGCACACAAUGGAGCAGUUUGCCAUCGGAAAUCUCUCCUACAUCCUGAUCCCCAAUAUGGACACGCGGGACCUCGUCGCCUCUAUCGGCACGCCCUACAAGAACACGAUCUUCUACAUGAGGAUGGAGCCGGUGUCCUUCAGCCUUGUCCCAGUGCUCCUCCUGACUGCCUACACCGUCCUGACACUCUUCAAGACACCGGAGAGCAAGCAGGCGCACAAGAAGAUCAGCAAUGACGACAGCUACACGCAGGAGACGAUAGAAAAACCCUGGAUUUUCAACUCAAUUUCCAGUUGA